GUUGUCAUUGGUUCGAUUUGCCUGUGUUUGGAUUUUUGCGUGGGAAAUGGGUGCGUGGGUAUUUCAAGGAAGACUUCAUAUGUGGAGCACGGUGCAAACGGUAGGGAUUCCGUCAUUGUGAUGUGGCUGCAAGUUGGAGGUUUUGUUCGGGAAACAAUGGGUAUGGUGAUUUAAAAAUUGGUGUUAUCUCAGAUGCGGCAUUUCGCGAAAUACAGCUAAAACGAUUCGGUAGUGACGGUUAACAUCCUAAUUUGUACGUCUGAUUCUCCAAGGAGCAGCAACCAGAUUAUAGAAUGAAAAGAUCGAACAAGAAAUCCUCCAAACCCCUUGAACGGGUGAAACCUUCACAGGCUAUAGUGGCAGCCAAAAGGAAUGCUAAGUUGAAGCAGACAUCUAAAAAACAAGCAGAAAUCAUUAUAAAGGAUAUUUAUGAGAGUGCAAGGGAAUGUAAAGAAAUGAUUCGUGGUUCAACUGGGGUCAUUUUUGACAGACGGAUGGUAGAGCAUCACUGUCUGUGGGAUUCCAACUAUCCAGAAAGCCCAGAGAGGUUUUCAAGAGUACUACACAGGUGUGAAGAACUUGGCCUUAUUUCUCGUUGUACUGUCAUUACUCCGCGAACUGCUGAAGAAUAUGAAGUCUUAUACAAACAUGAAGAAAGACAUAUAGAGAUUCUCAAAGCAACAGAGAACUGUAAAGAUGAGGAAUCCCUAGAGAAGUUGUCCUCCAAAUAUGAUGCCAUCUAUAUUCAUCCAAGUACAUACCAACUUUCAUUACUGGCUGCUGGCUGUGCUAUUGAAAUUGUUGAUGCGGUAUGCAGAAAGAAGAUUCAAAAUGGAAUGGCAAUUGUCAGGCCACCUGGUCAUCAUGCCAUGAAAAGUGAAUACUGUGGUUACUGCUUCUUUAACAAUGUAGCGUUGGCAGCAGAACAUGCCUUGAAUAAUUGUGAUAUAUCACGUAUUGUUAUAGUUGAUUGGGAUGUUCACCAUGGUCAGGCAACUCAGCAAAUGUUUUAUGAUGAUCCUAGGGUUGUGUACUUUUCUAUUCAUCGUUAUGAACAUGGCUCCUUUUGGCCAAAUUUGAGAGAGUCUGAUUAUGACUACAUUGGGGAAGGAAAAGGAAAAGGAUACAACUUUAAUGUACCACUGAAUAAAACAGGAAUGACUGAUGCUGAUUAUUUAGCUAUUUUUCAUCACGUUUUAUUACCAGUGGUUUUGGAGUUUCAACCUGAGCUGUUGAUCGUGUCUGCGGGCUAUGACUCAGCUUUGGGCGAUGAGAAGGGGGAAAUGAACAUAACUCCUGUGUGCUAUGCCCAUUUACUGUCUUCUCUAAUGUGUCUGGCAAGUGGAAAAAUUGUUGUGGUGCUAGAGGGAGGGUACUGUCUGAAAUCCUUAGCGGAAGGUGCUGCACUUACUUUGCGAUGCUUGCUUGGAGAUCCUUGCCCACCGCUACCAAGUCUUCCUGCUCCAAGUGACAGCAUUACAGAAUCAAUUCUGAAUGUGAUAUAUGCCCAUCGAGACUACUGGAAGAGCCUACAGAUUCAAGAUGUGCAUAAAAAAUUGACAGAGGCAGAAACAAAUCCAAAUAACAGGAUAAGGGAGGAGAAGAUGACGUCAGCAGUCGUAAAGCUGUACCAGAUACCACCAACUCUUUUUCUGGGGUCAUCUGAAAAACCAGAACACUACGAAACACGGAAUUGUUACCCUGUCCAAAGUGAAGCACUUCUCAAGGAGCUGGAUGCUACACUAAAUAAAUUAAUAGUUGGUACUAACUUAUCAUUUGCACCAAAUCGAGUCUGCAUUGUGUAUGAUGAAGUGAUGAUGAAACACAAGAACAUUGCUGAACCUACUCACCCAGAAAAACCGGAAAGAAUUUCUGCCAUAUUUCUUAAACAUGAAGAAUAUGGACUGCUAGACAGAUGCUUGAGAUUGAAGGCUCGUCCUGUGACUGAUGAAGAACUAGAGCUAUUGCAUUCGAGGGAUCAUAUAAAGAAGAUGAAAGACAUAAAAAACAUGAAACUGAAUGACAUCCUUAAGAUGCAGGAUGACUUCUCAUCAAUGUAUUUGCACCCAGAAACUUAUGAAUCAGCCGCAGUUGCAGCUGGAUCAGUGCUUGAGGUGGUAGACUCUGUUCUAAAUGGAGACAGCCGAUCAGGAGUAGCAAUUGUAAGACCUCCUGGACACCAUGCAGAGGAAGGUGAACCAUGUGGCUUUUGUGUUUUCAACAAUGUUGCCUUAGCAGCAAAAUAUGCUGUGAAGAUACAUGGUCUGAAAAGAGUUCUUAUCCUUGACUGGGAUGUUCAUCAUGGCAAUGGCACUCAGCACAUGUUUGAGGAAGACCCUAGUGUUCUAUACAUAUCACUUCAUCGGUAUGACAAUGGCAGUUUCUUUCCGGGGUCAACAGAUGCAAACUACACAGAAGUUGGUGUGGGUCCAGGAAAAGGUUAUAAUAUCAAUAUACCUUGGAACAAGCGUGGAAUGGGUGAUGGAGAUUACGUCACGGCGUUUCACCAGGUAGUGCUUCCUGUGUGUUAUCAGUUCAACCCAGAACUGGUACUUGUCUCUGCUGGCUUUGAUGCUGCUAUUGGUGAUCCAUUAGGAGGUUGUAAAGUAACACCUGAAGCAUAUGGUCACAUGGCACAUUGGCUGUCUUCAUUAGCAAAUGGCAAAAUAAUUUUAUGUUUAGAAGGCGGAUACAAUAUUACAUCAAUCUCCUAUGCUAUGACACUUUGCUCAAAAGCUCUUCUUGGUGAUCCUUUACCACCAUUACAAGCAAAGUUAGCUCCUAGCCAAAGUGCUAUAAAUACAAUUCGCAAUGUUGUAAAAGUUCAGAGUAAUUAUUGGUCUUGUCUUAGAUUUGGAGUUUCUUUCCUUGAUCAGCAGUACUUGACUGACCAUAUGAAAGCAGUGGGAGAUACUGAUGUGGUAAGCAGCUGUUCACAAUGCAAAGAAGAAAUGUCAGCACAGAUUCCCAAUGCCAGUUCGAUUUCAUUGGAAGAUACAUUCGCUAGAAUAAAUUUAAGAGAGGAAGUGGCACUACACUAUUCAAAAUCUGCAUCUAGUCACAUAACAACCAAAGAUAAUUACUUAAAUGAUAGCAAUUAUUUCUCAAGUUCUGGUGAAGACAAGUCUCCAGACAGUCCUAUGGACUUUUCAGGAACAAGUUCACUUAUAAGCCCAAUUUCUUCUCCAGGAGACUGUAACCCAUCUUGGUCUCUUAGCCCACCAGUCAGUGUCACAAUACCAGAGAAUGUUUGUAAUGAAACAGUUGUAAAUACACAGUUUUCUGACAAAAUUGAAGCUGAACUUGAACUAGAUGAGAAAAACAGAAAUGUAGCAAGAAAAAAUUCUGAACUUUCACUUUUGUCAGAUUUAGGACAUGAUAGCAAUGAGAAUCCAAUCACAGAAAAACAUCCAAAAGGUAUAGGAGAUACCGAAGUAUCACUUCGCAGAAUGGCAGAUAAUAAUACAAGCAGCAGUGGAAGCAACUCCCAACAAGCUGGGGCAAGUAAUUCUGCAGAUGGUGGGGAUGCUGCUGAUUCUUCUGCUGCGUCUGGGUCAAGCAGCAGACCACGUCGUCUUGUGGACUACUUAGCUGAAAAUAUGCAGAUGUUGGUGGCUGGAGAAAUGUUUGCUGUUGUACCAUUGCCUGGUUGUCCUCACUUGGAUCGUGUAAGAGAAGUGCCUCCAUGUGGAAUAAACUGCACUCUACCUUGUCUUGAGUGUGGAUCAACAAGAGAGAAUUGGAUUUGUCUUGAAUGUUAUACUGUUCACUGUGGCCGAUACGUAAAUGGGCAUAUGGUGGAGCACGGUAUGGAAAUGUCACACCCAAUCACACUCAGUUUUUCUGACAUUUCAGUCUGGUGCUAUGCAUGUGAAGCAUAUAUUGAAAACCAGGUUCUGUACAGUGCCAAAAAUGCAGUUCACCGCAGCAAGUUUGGAACUGAAAUGCCGUGGUCAUAUAACGAUUAAGACGUAAAGAUGGGUAUAUGCAGUUUUCAUAGCUUUAACAAAACUGCUUUUUACUUUUAAUGUAAUAAUGACUGAUAAAAGAUACUUUUAAGAUGGUUCUAUGUAUUAACAGAAGACAAAGACCUAUUUGCUUUUAUAGUGUGCAAAUGUAUUAUUUUUCCUUGUAAUACUCUAUUUUGGAAUGUACAGCCUUUUUGUACUUGAGAAUAUGUACCUGCCAUUCUUAAUACAAAAUUAAGAAUGAUG